AUGAGACUAGUUGGGUUGGUAUUGUUCGCUAAACUUGCAGGGUAAAAGGAGUUAAACCAAAAGAGUGAAGACUGCUCUAUCGAGAAUCAGCGCCCAACCGCGCAGUCCGGCUGGCCGAGAAACGUUUCGCUCGGCCAAAUCAUCCGUCCGAAGUCUCGGCCAAAGUCAAACCGACCGGCCGAUCACGCAACACGACCCGGGAAACAUUGUCCCGCGGUCGGCCAAGCCAACGCUCACGCCACCCGCGCACGACCAUGCGCGCGAGCCGGGAAACAAGCCUCGCGGCCGCGCAACCCGUUCCGCACGAUGCAUCCGUCCGAGCCGGGAAAGAACGUCCCACGUCCGGCCGAGAAACCAUCGGCCAAAUCUCAUCCGUCCGACCACGCCGGCCGACCGCGAAUCCGUCCGGCCCCGACCGUUCCGACUCGGCCACGACCCGAUGUCCGGCCGAUCGUCCCGACCGACCGUCCCAACGCCGCGGUCGACCCGAAGCCCUUUUUGAAGCCCAAACUUUCAUAUUUUCAAGCCCGGCUUAACCCUAAGCCGCCUCUAGAAAGACCUAGCACUAUAUAUAUGCUUUUUAGCCUCUUGUGA